CUGUUCCCAAUCUCUGUAUUUCUUGAAUUGUACCCUCUCUUCUGAACCCUUCCCUACCAGUUCAAUCAGAAUGGAAAUUGCAGAUAAUAUAACCGAUAAGAAUAACAGUAACAAUGGCGGAGAAACGGAGGAGAAUACUCGGACUAAGCACAAAGGAAAGCACAAAAAGGACAAGCCAUGGGAUAACGAAAACAUCGACCAUUGGAAAAUCGAGAAAUUCGAUCCUUCGUGGAACGAAAGUGGCAUGCUCGAAGUCAGCUCCUUCUCUACUCUCUUCCCUCAAUAUCGAGAAAAAUACUUGCAAGAGUGUUGGCCGAUUGUUAAAGGUGCAUUAAAAGAACAUGGAAUUGCUUGUGAAUUAAAUUUAGUUGAAGGAUCCAUGUCCGUUUCAACUACUAGGAAGACUAGGGAUCCCUUUAUUAUAAUUAAAGCAAGGGAUCUCAUCAAACUUCUGUCAAGAAGUGUCCCUGCACCUCAGGCUAUAAAGAUCCUAAAUGAUGAGAUCCAGUGCGACAUCAUUAAGAUUGGCAACUUGGUGCGCAACAAGGAACGAUUUGUCAAAAGACGACAGCACUUAGUCGGUCCCAAUUCAUGUACUUUGAAGGCACUGGAGAUUUUGACCAAGUGCUAUAUCCUGGUUCAGGGAAACACGGUUGCUGCCAUGGGAUCAUUUAAAGGUCUUAAACAAGUGAGGAAGGUUGUAGAAGAGUGCAUACUGAAUAAAAUGCAUCCAGUAUAUAAUAUCAAGAUCCUAAUGAUGAAGCAGCAUCUUGCUGAGAAUCCAGCACUUGUAAAUGAGAAUUGGGACAGAUUUCUUCCCAAAUUUAAGAAGAAAAAUGUUAAGCAGAAGAAAGUUACGACUAAAGAGAAGAAACCAUACACACCUUUCCCUCCACCACAACCACCUAGUAAGGUUGAUAUGCAACUGGAGAGUGGGGAAUAUUUCUUAGCUGACAAGAAGAAACAAGCAAAGAAGUGGCAAGAGAAGCAAGAUAAACAAGCAGAAAGGACAGCUGAAAACAAAAGGAGACGGGAGGAAGCAUUUGUCCCACCUGAGGAACCUGCAAGACAAGAUCCAAGAGCUACUGAUGACAAGAAUGAUGUGGCAGCCAUAGCCUCAUCAUUGAAGAAAAAGGCGAAGGAGCUUCGGAUGCAAAGAUCUGCUGAGAAGAUUGAUGCUGAAGCGUAUAUUGCAGCUUCUGACAAGCCAUCAGCUAAAAAGAAAUCCAAGAACUCCUAAAUUUGACGCUUGGUGUACCAUAGUACCAGCAUUAUAUUAAUUAGAAAAAAAUAAAAAAAUUGAUGCUAGUAGCAAGUUGUUUUUGGUCAAAAUGACGAGUAAUGUUGUGCUUUUUUGUGUAAGAACUCCUGAAUUCAAUGUUUCUCCAAAUUUUGGGAGAUGAUUUAGGUUCAAAGUACGAUGCUCUAUUGGUAGGAUCAUCGUAAAAAGACUUACCAUUUUGAGAGAGAACAGCUGCUUUCAUGAUAUUGCAUCUUGGUUGUCAUAUUUGAUAUAGAUGGGAUCCAGAAUCACCA